CUGACUUUCAACCCUUGAGCGAACAGUGAGCCAGCGAUUCAAAUCAUCCUUGAGUUGGAAAGGGUUGAGUCAUGGUGGGUGCACGAGGUCCUGAUUAGGUGAUUUGGAUGAUAGACAGAGCUUAUUUGGAUCCUCACGCCACUUAAUUAGCGACAGUUUACCUGAAUGUGGCAGAGUCUUUGGUUGUUAUAAAUCAUUUAGUUUAGUUUGUAUUUUGUGCCAAUUUUUAAUUUAGUGACCGUUUUUUACAAACUGGAUGUUUGAUGGUCAUUAAGACAGUAAACCCGGAAUCGGAACACAACUUUUUUAGUGUUUAACAAUUCUUUUGGUACACAUCAGAAGGACUCGCCGUCAUUACUAUCUUUCUCAAUGCUGAUUAUCCUGUUUUUCAAUUUCAAUUUCCCAGGGAACAGAUGGCAUCGAAUCUGCAAAAGGAAGGACCUUUGCUUCUGAAAUCUCUCAAAGAACCUGACCUACUUCUGUUGGUAGACAUCUUGAUAUCACAAAAGAAAUGGGUGGAUGAAUGUCCCUCCGGAUCUUCCCUUUUUAAGGUCACUCUAUCUAGGGAUAAUGCAGCCCGGGCCACUUCUCAGGGAUCCAGUGGAUUGAGGUCUUUGUUUCUGAAAGAAAGGCAACAUGGUGUUUCUCAUACUGGUGUUACGCCCCCCAUUGCUAACACGAAAUCCUCUGAUCGAUCUAGAAGUGAGAUACUGAUGGACUGCAGGAACCUUGUGCAGGAAAUGGUGAAGAAAUACCCCUAUGGUUACAACAUUGGUGCUUUCCGAAAGUUGUUCCUAGAAAGGUAUGGUUACCAUCUUGACAUCCAGAAGCUCGGGUACCAAAAGUUGGCGGCUUUACUGGAAAUAAUGCCAGGAGUGAAAGUCGAAUCUACUUACAUCCUUCCGUCUACCAAAACCCUAAAGUCUAACUCUGAUGGUGAAUCAGCGAAGAAGGAAAACGAAUCAGAUUCUGCGUGGGAUGAGCUCGGUCCUCCGGACGCCAACUCAUCAUCCCAAAAGGAUCCUGAUUACGAGCCUUGCCUGUCUGAAGACGAUAAUGAUGAUGUGGAAUCUGAUUCAGAACCCGAGACUCUGGCUGCUUCAAGCAGCAGUCAACCUGAACAAAACUGUACGAAGUCCAAUGAAGAAAACAGCUCGUUGCUAGAGAUUCUCGAUACCUGGUAUGGGAGUCAGAACGAGGAAACUGGAGGCAAGAAAGAGGAGUCUACGAGGAAUGAUGAGGAGAAUGCUACUAUUAAUUUGCAGCAGCUUACCAGUUCGUCUGGACAAGUUGGAAAGACGGCUGAGGCAACUACUACUCAUAUGGCAUGCUCUGGAGGGACGAUGCAGAAACCGGUAAAGACUUAUUCUUUCGUCGAUGAUUCGGUCUGCCCUGCGGAUCAGCAUCAUAAGGUUAUUAAUGGAAUCUUAAGCAGGUUGAAGAUCACUAGUGAUUCGAGGAUGCCGAGUUGAUUUAUUGCGCGUUAGGGAUGUUCUACCUUUUGUAGGGUUAGAUGUGAACAUAGUAUGGGAAACUAGGUAGCUACUGCUGCAAAAUUUCUGGUACCAUUGGUUGUUUAGAUUAGUUUCCUCGGGUAUCGUUUUAAGCCGAUAAAGAGAAUCGAUGAUUGUGAAAUCGAUAUCGGAGACUAGCAAUAUUAGUUACAAGUUCGGUUAUUCGGAAUUGGAUUAUGGAUUCAGAACUAGAGAGAAAGUGACACAUGCUUGUAAGUUGUAACCCUAUUUAGACACCAGAAUUUGGUUAGUAUAUGGUAGCACGGGAUGCUUGUAAUCCUCUUUAUGUGUCCACAAAGAGACUAGUGUUUUUGUGACUAAAACAUAAUUAUCAAAGCAUAAUGAGAUCACAUGUAGUGUUUAUCUCCUUAACCAGAUGUCUUUAUCCAUAAUUAUUCUAUUAUCUUAAGGCAUUUUAACACUUAGCACGAGUUUUCACAUUCAACCCAUAAUUAAAAAAUUCACCAAAAGGUAAUUGUAGCUGCCUAGCUGGCUGUAUGUCCAUAAUCUAUAUCCUCAUUGCCAACCUUGUUUUUGGGGCGUUUUGCUUAAAGCAAUUGCUCUUAAAAUAUUACUAAGGUUUUAUGCCUACUCCAUGGAAAGUCAGAAAAUUAGUUUAAAUAAUUUUCAUCAAUGUGUCACGUUCUUGAUAAUCCAAUGUGUCAAGUUGAGAAGAAUAGGAAGUUGGGGGGUUAUGAAAAGAUGAAUUAAUUAAUGCACGAUUUAAAUUAUGGUUUUACCUCUUAAUAUCUGACUUCCACACCCUAUUGUCUUCUCUUUAUGUGCAAUUCAUCCCUUAAUUGGGGUUGUGCAGAGAAGAAAAUGACAGCUCCCCAACAAGCAUGCUCAUGUUUAUUAAGCAUGGAUGAACACCCCAGUAAUCAUAGAAUAAAGUCUCACCCUACCAUUUGUGAGGAUGGUUCAACACAAUUAAGGUGCUUACAAUACUAUUUAUAAGGAGGUUCUUACAAUAUUUGCGAGUCGAUUGAUCGAGCAUUGAACCCUUCAUGGUCAUUGAAUGAAUGUGAUAAUGAUUU